UUUUCAAAUGUAUGCUUGGCAGCCUUGUUAAAUAUGACGGAUCAGCUGAUCAAAUGUCAAAAGUUGCUGACGUUAAUUUUGCACGUUGCUGCAUUGCAAUCGUUUUUCUUUUCACGAAAUUUUCCAGGUCAAAUUGCAGAAGACUUAUUAACUCAUAACUAUAAAUAAAAAUCAGACUGUGUGCGGCCACGCUUCGUAAAAAUGGUUGAAUUAACUCCGGAGGAAAAAAAGCAGCUGAUAACCCGUAAUCUACAGGAGACACUGGGCGAGGACAAGCUUAAUGCUAUACUCAAGGAGCGUGACCUGAAAAUCUACUGGGGCACAGCUACUACAGGCAAGCCACAUGUAGCAUAUUUCGUGCCUAUGUCGAAAAUUGCCGAUUUCCUCAAGGCCGGCUGUGAGGUCACUAUUCUUUUUGCUGACUUACAUGCCUACCUUGAUAAUAUGAAAGCGCCAUGGUCGCUGCUCGAAUUGCGUACACAAUACUAUGAAGCUGUUAUAAAGGCUAUGUUGAGCUCAAUAGGUGUGCCAUUAGAUAAGCUCAAAUUUGUUAAGGGUACCGACUAUCAGCUGUCGAGAGAAUAUACGCUGGAUGUGUACAAAUUAAGUUCGGUGGUGACGCAGCACGAUGCAAGAAAAGCCGGCGCCGAAGUUGUAAAGCAGGUAGAAUACCCAUUACUUUCGGGUUUGCUGUACCCAGGCUUGCAAGCUUUAGAUGAAGAGUAUCUCAAAGUAGAUGCACAGUUUGGAGGCGUUGAUCAGCGUAAAAUUUUCACUUUCUCUGAAAAAUAUUUGCCACAAUUGGGCUAUGAGAAACGUAUUCAUUUCAUGAAUCCCAUGGUGCCGGGUUUGGCAGGCGGCAAAAUGUCUUCUUCGGAGGAGGAUUCUAAAAUCGACCUUUUAGAUUCGCCCGCAAAUGUGAAAAAGAAGUUGAAGAAAGCUUUCUGCGAGCCCGGAAACAUCGCAGACAAUGGGCUUUUGUCGUUCGUAAAGCAUGUGCUGUUCUCGCUAUUUAAGGAUGGUGAAGGAUUUUCUGUUAACCGUCCGGCGGAAUUCGGUGGAGAUGUUACAUUCCAUAACUACGCUGACUUGGAGAAAUAUUAUGCCGACAACGAAUUACAUCCAGGGGAUUUGAAAGCAUCCGUUGAAAAAUACAUCAAUAAACUUCUAGAGCCAAUAAGAAAAACAUUCGAAAGUCCUGAGUUGCAAAAACUCAGUGCAGCUGCCUAUCCAGCGCCAGGUAAAGCGAAAGGCGGAAUUACUACGAACAAUGCAGUAGCAGUUGAGGAAGAUGGACCACAUCGUCUGGACAUACGAGUUGGCAAGGUUGUAGAAGUUGCUCGUCAUCCGGAUGCAGACACUUUGUAUGUAUUAAAAAUAAACUUAGGUGAGGCACAACCACGUACCAUCAUAAGCGGAUUGGUAAAAUUUGUCACAAUCGAAGAACUGGAUCAGCGAUUAGUGGCGGUGCUGUGCAAUCUUAAGCCAUCUAAAAUGCGUGGUAUACUGUCCGAGGGCAUGGUACUAUGCACGUCGAACGCUGAUCACACUGUUGUGGAACCUAUUAUUGUGCCAGUCAGUGCCGGCCCUGGUAGUCGCUUGGCGUUCGAAGGAUACCACGGCACUCCGGACGAGCAAUUAAAUCCCAAAAAGAAGGUUUGGGAAAAGCUUUCUGUAGAUUUGAAAACAAAUACCGAUGGUGCUGCCGUUUGGAAAGAGAACUUCCUACUCACACCCGAAGGCGAAAAGCUGACAAGCAAAUUAGCAAACUGCAAUAUUAAAUAAAUAGAAAUAUAAUAAACUAAUUAUGCAUUGUCAUGCCAGUUAAAGCUCUUAUAUGGCGUCAUUUUUAAAGUUUGUAAUUCUCAGCGAUUACGCAGCGUUCUAAAUAUUUAUUUGCAAUUAUUAUUUUUUUAUAUGUAGCACAAUAAACAACAAACGCUUUCAAUAGCGAAGAAAACAGA